UGUUUGGAGACUAACAAGUGUCCUUUUGUCUUGGCCAUGCCUUCCUUUGACCCUGCAGGUAUGACGCUGGGCGGGACGGCUUCAUCGAUCUGAUGGAGCUGAAGCUGAUGAUGGAGAAGCUGGGGGCUCCCCAGACCCACCUGGGCCUGAAGAGCAUGAUCAAGGAGGUGGAUGAGGACUUUGACGGCAAGCUCAGCUUCCGGGAGUUCCUACUCAUUUUCCACAAGGCCGCAGCUGGGGAACUGCAGGAGGACAGUGGCCUGAUGGCGCUGGCAAAGCUCUCCGAGAUCGAUGUUGCCCUGGAGGGUGUGAGAGGUGCCAAGGACUUCUUUGAAGCCAAGGCCCAGGCCCUGUCAUCUGCCAGUAAGUUUGAAGCCGAGUUAAAAGCUGAGCAAGACGAGCGGAAGCGGGAGGAGGAGGAGAGGAAGCUCCGCCAGGCGGCCUUCAAGGAACUCAAGGCUACUUUCAGUACAUAGUCCGCCGACCUUGCCCUCCAUCCACAGCCGUGCCUCACAGAUGCCCGGGAAGAGAUGUCCGGGCAUAUUCACCACCCAUGCUGGCCGCCUCCCUGAGCCAGCAUCCACACUCACCCCCCAGUGCCAGCUCCGUGCCAGCCCUCAUUGCUCCCAGUGUCCCAGCCCCUCCAAGAGGGUCUGGGGUGGGCCAGGUGCCCACCCGCCUCCCUCGCCUGCCUCCGCUCCUUUGCCCUUCUCUGUAGCCAGAACCCGCUUCCUCUUGUCACUUUACCAUUCCACAUCAAGAGCAGUCUGCUGUGUUAGUUUGUACAGAUUGGUCUGUCUUUUGUGU